GGGGAGAUCGCCGGUCCACGGCCCACGCAAAAGGUCAGCGUGGCCGCUCUCACGUCGCUUCUCUCUGGUAUAACCAAUCAUAAUGCUUAAUCAGCAUUUUACAUAGCUACGGCAUAAAUCACAGAGAAAUCAGAAAAUCACGAGUCAUUGUCGAUUUCGAGAAAUUUCGAGAAACGGCCCCCGAGUGGCGCCAUCCGCAGCUGCCUUGCGAGUCGUGACAGAUUACGCAGCACCUAGCAUCCAUUCUAGUUAGUCUAUCGUGGUCGUCGUGGUCGAGCGGUUAGCUGCAUCAAGUCGGCAGGAUUUUGCGAGUCUUUUGCUAUUCUAUUUUUACGUGAGAAGAAAGAAAAGAAGGAAUUGAGAAAGAUGCCACGACGUGGACGUGCCGCCGCUCCUCCUCCAAGAACCGUCAGACGGAGCUCACCCGCGCCCGCGCCAGCCCCGUCCCGAGUGCCAGCCCAUGCCCCGCCGGCCGCGACGUCGCCCAUGGUGGCCCAGCCGCAGCAGGGCCCGUCCCUCAUGGGUCAGAUGGCUGCCACCGCUGGCGGCGUCGCCAUAGGAUCCGCCGUGGGGCACACCAUCGGUCACGCCAUGACCGGACUCUUCAGCGGGGGCAGCGAGGCUGCCGCUCCCGAAGUUAGUGCCGCAGCCCCGCAGGCUGCUGCCCCUGCAGCACCAGCCGCCGGCGCCUGUGCCUGGGAGGUCAAGCAGUUCCUGGAAUGCGCUCAAAACCAAUCUGACCUGAGCCUCUGCGAUGGCUUCAACGAGGCGCUACGUCAAUGCAAAAUGGCCAACAAUAUCAUGUAAAUUGUGGCGAAUCUAGAAAUGUCUAGGAGAAAUUGUACGAGCUCUACGUCCUGUAGACCGCUUAUGGAAAUUUCUGUUUAUUUGUACCGUUGUUAAACAUAGUUAUAAGAUAAAAUAGUCCAGAUCAAUCAUGUUAAAACGUCCUAAUCCUAAAGGACAGCAAUAAACUAUGUUUGUUUAAAUUCUUGUAGUUGACAGGUGCCCUUAAUCUUUCCUGAAUUAAUGAAGAUAUAUGUUAUAUAGUGUGAUUGAUGAAUAAAUAAUAAAUAUACAUGCACAAUUAAA